AUGCCAACUAGAGAAGAAAUUUUAGUAGAGACUGUGGAGUCUGAGGACUCUGAUGAUGGGGCUGCAGUUGCUGCCAUGGCAGAUGAGCCUCCAAACAACCUUAAUGAAUCGGCGUUUCUUCCCAACAUGGAACCCGAUCAUGCUGAAGGUAGAGGCCUGACCGGAGACUCACGUGAGUUUGAACUGCAUACAUUCCCUGAAAGCAGCGAAAGCGAGUCGGAUGAUGAUGAUCACCAAAGCGACAAAGAUGUCGCAGAAGUUGUGUUAAGUGACCCUGAAACGGAGCCUAGUGACGACCCGGUAGAAAAGGUGCGUGCCCGUAAAAGGGAAAAGCGACUUAAAGACAGUAAGCGUAAGAGGGACAAUUAUGAGAACUGGUUGAAAGAUGGAGGUGCGAGUCAGGCUUCCUCUAAGUCUGAUGAUUCUAGUGACCGUAAGCAGCCAGCCAAAGAUUACUGGUCCCAUGACACUGCCGCUUCUAACACAACUGCCCCAAAGCAGAAACCUCAAUAUAAAGAUAGUUCUCAAAAGCCUUCCGCUACUAAGAAAGCAGCCCCUAAACCCGCUUUGAUGCUUAAGUCUACAGUGGAAACUAUUGGCUUGGAAAUUAAGAACAACGGAACCCUUGUUAAGAACCAUAUUUCUCGUAAGUUCAAAGAGUUUACGAAAGCGACCAAGAAUCAGCAUGCCGAACUCCUGGGAGUUCUCAAGGCGCAUGGAGAGAAUCACCACACACUUAUGGAGGGGAUUCGGAAUGUUAAAACUCAGCUUGACCAGGUUCUUGCAAUCGUUGAGAAGUGUCCUCACAAGGCCAAGACGGUUCCGGAGAAGCCUCCUCCUGGUCCGCCCCCUAAUCAAGGAAGGGGAAGUGGUGGUCCAGAGAACUUCCGUAGACGUCAACCAGAUCCAGAUCAGCAUCAAGCUUCGGUAAACAGGAAUGGCAGUAUCGGUAAUCGGAACCAUCAGGGGAACUUUACAGCUUCCCCGAAUGUGACGGUGAACCACCACAUAUAUAAUAAUCCGCAUGUGGAUAUCUCUACCCCUGUUGUUGGGCCUGGUUACGGUGUUCCACCGAACUCUACUGGGACCAAAAAGCGGCGACUUUCUGCCAUGUCGAUGGCUCUUAUUGCAGAGAAAGAGAAGCAAGCUCAUCUUAGGCGUCACCACCUUGAACUAGAAAGGCGACAUGCUUUAAAUGAAAGGAGGCCCCCUUCGGUGGUUAAGCCUCCCCCAUCUGACCCUUAUUUCGGUUCCAAUCUCCGAUUCGAUUAA